AUGGAGACCCACCAGCAGCCGCAUCACCCUGUCCCGGCAGACCCAAUGCCGAUAGCUUGGGGUUUAUCCGGCGUUGAUGAUCAAAAUCCCCAGCUACAUCCGACGCUUUUCAAUUUUAUAGUCCCAGGGACUAUGAUCCCUGCCCCUGACAACACAAGCAGACAUCACAGCCAUCUCCCGCAGGCGCCGAUAGACGCCGAUUUCGCGUACAGCAGCGAGUUCGUCACACUGUCCAGUAUACAAUCUUGUGGCCACUAUGAUAGUGGCUUUCCCGGCCACUGGGAUGGUACUUUGAAUCACGGAACUAGCACUCCAAGAGUAGCGAUACCCAUUGGGCAGGCCACGAAUAAUCCUAGGGCUGAGCUAGACGUGGCGCCCCAAGAUAACAGCCCAACACCUGCUUCGCAACCAAAAAGAACUCCUCGAACGCGAAGAAAAAAGAAAGAGGCUCACAACACAUCUGAGGCUUCUCAAGGUGGUAAUAGUAGCGCUGAUGCCGGUGCUCCUUCGCUAUCUGACGUAGCUAGCCCCAGUCCUGCUUCACACAACAGCCACACAAGUAUUAGUUCAAAGCCUACAUCCAUGGAACCCACGACUUCGAUAAUAUCGAAUUGUCGGAGACAACUUCGCAUUGCCUCUCGAAUAUCCAAAAAUACCCGUAAUCAACUUAAUGGUGCUCCAGAAGAGCGCCGGGCUCGAGCAUCCCAUAACCGCGUCGAGAAGCAUUACCGCAACCGCCUCAAUGCUCAAUUCGAAUCCCUUCUUAAUGCUUUGCCGGCGAAAGCCCGGCAAGGUGACAACAGUAAUGGAGACGAUAACGAAUGGGAUGGCACAAGCGAUCUGGACCGCCGAGUGAGCAAGGGCGAGGUUCUUGAAAUGGCUCGCAAGCGUAUACAAGGGCUGGAACGAGAGAGCAAUGAGCUCCAGCGCGAGAACUUCGAGCUUAAAGGCAGCCUUCAACGACUUAAAGGAUCUGCCUCCGAUGGCACCGUAUCCUCGUCUGAACCGGAAGCACCAUUCAAUUUCAAUUAAUGUGUCCAAUACACAAGGUUUUUGACUUGACUAUCGCGGUUGCUUGAUUAUGUAACGAUCAACCACAAGUAAGGACUU